GCCCUCAGAAUAGCAAGAGCGACGGCAUCGAGGCCAGCAGUAUGGUCAUCAUGUCGUCGCUAUGCUACUGAGUCGGCCACUGCAGCCAAACAGAGCAAGAAGCUGGCCGAUCUCAUCUCCGACUCGAUCAAGGCAGCUGGUCCCAUAUCGGUAGCUACCUUCAUGCGCACCUGCCUACUCGAUCCAGCUCAAGGAUACUAUGCAUCAGCCAACGCCCCUGGCCAGCAAGAGGCGCUCGAGGAGCAUGGUGGGAGGGAUGUGCUCGGUGCGAGGGGAGACUUUAUCACUAGCCCAGAGAUCAGUCAGGUCUUUGGAGAGCUCCUCGCCGUCUACUUUGUCUCAAGAUGGCAGGCCUCCUCCUCCCCAACGUCGCUGCGCCUCAUCGAGUUUGGACCGGGAAAGGGAACUCUCCUCGCAGAUAUGAUCAGAACCUUCUCCCGUUUUCCACUCCUCUCACACCUCAAGACAAUUCACCUCGUCGAGACUUCCGAGGGGCUGAUGCGCCUCCAACUCUCUGCCAUCGAAUCAGCUCUCGCCGCAGCAGGUAAGCGCAUCGCCAUGCCUCGAAAUGAUGGCAGCUCUCAAGCCGCAGAUGAGGUGCACGUCGAGUACUUCCCUCACGUCGAUGCCGUGCCUAUCGACCCGAGCCAGUGGACGAUGCUGGUUGCGCAUGAAUUCUUUGACGCUCUACCAAUUCACAUCUUUGAGAGGACUGUGAGCGGAUUCAGGGAGCUCUUGGUCGAUGUACAGCAUCAGCAGCGUCAGGCUGCCAGUGGUGGCGUGCAAGAGCAGAGGCAGUCCGGCGUGACGACGAUCAAGGUGUCCGACCUGAGGAGCAGCAGCAGCAGCAGCAGCAAUAGCAGCAAAGAGGGUGGUAAGGACGCCACCGCUGCCGCCUCGUCAUCCACCUCUACGCCCUCAUCUCCCGCCUUUCGCUACGUGCUCAGCCCCACGGAGACCCCUUGGACAAAGCUCCUCGCCUCCUCCAACCCACGCUUCCAACGCCUUCAACCAGGGCAGCGCGUCGAAAUCUCACCAGAAUCGUGGGCUACGGCAAGAAGGAUCGGCGAGCUUGUGGCGGGAAAGAAGGCAAAGCCGGCGCCAGGUCAAGAGUCGGACGCAGCACCAUCAAAGGAGCCGGACGAGUCCGCAUCCUCAGGCCCCUCCCAGGGCGGCGCAGGCUUAAUUGUCGACUACGGCGACAGCAAAGCCUUUGGGGGGUCUUUCCGUGCCUUCAAAUCGCACAAAAUCGUCGAUCCUCUCACCAAUCCGGGAACCGCCGACCUCACAGCGAAUGUGGACUUCUCUUACCUCUCCACCGCGCUCGCCACUACCGAGGCAAAGGGCAUGGGCCCCAUGUUCCAAGCUCAUUUCCUUGCCAGCUUGGGACUCGAGCCUCGCGUGGGGGCAUUGAUGAAUGCCGUGGGAGACAAUGACGAGAGGAAGAAGGUCAUCGAGGGAGCGGCUAAGCGACUGGUGGACCCAACGGGGAUGGGAGCGCAGUACAAGGUCUUGGGAGUACAUGCGAAUGCAGAGGGGCGUGAAGGGGAAGACGGCGAGGUGUACCCGUUCGACUCAUUCCCUAGCAGCGAUGGGCGGGCAGCUAAUCCGCCAACGAAGGGACAGGAGGCAGCAGCAUCGUCACCACCACCAGGAAGCGGCAAGACAUAGGCGAAUAAAUAAAUCGUAAUUUUAACACAUCGUCGUCGCCCGCGUGCUCACGGGCAGUAGGUGAUCGUAAAGGUCGUCCCAAGCGGGCUAUUCCGGUCAGCCUCAGAGUCAUAGGGCUGAUUGUAGCUCUGACUUGGGUCGCAAGACACGGACUUGCAGACGACCGUCUGUCCUUUGUUGUCUGUGAUGGACUGGCCGACAUUGAUGCUCGAGUCGACGUGUGAGAG